CCCUUAUAUACUCUGUAGGAGUAUGGCGACUGAGUUUAGAAUCUCACAUACUUAUAUAUUGUGAAAAUUAACUGAAAUAAUGUCUUUUAACAAAGAUUUAAGACAAUUAUUAAAACCAUAUUACUGGGUUAACAUUUUACUGAGUAUUUCAUACGUGGUGUCUAAAAGAACUAAUAUAAUAUGCGGUUAUUUGUUCCCCGAAUCUGAUUGUGAGUUAGACAGCAGAGAAACGGAAAUCCUGUUUUUCUUAAUUAUCGUCGUUAUGUUGAGGACUAGGAAGGCGGGAAGUGUGACAAUGGUCAAUUAUCUUUCUUCAUCUUUCGUGUAUACUAAGAUUGCGAAUUUGAUACUAUGGUUAUAUGCGGAUGUCAGAUAUGGCCUUCCGUACGGAGCCAUCCUCAUUUUGACAUCUCUACUUCUCCCCGAGCCAACGUACACAGGUCCAGAGCACAUUAUCUACUUCCGAGGCCCACAAAUCCUAGAGGAAGAACUGAAACACCAUAAGAAUACCACAUGGCUUGUCUGUCUGUUUGCAGCGUGGCAUCCGGCCUGCGCUAACUUUGCACCGGUUUUCUCUGAACUGUCAGCUAGUUAUAGUCUUGAUAACUUGAAGUUUGGAAAGCUUGAUAUUGGAAGAUAUCCAGAAGCUGCUGCUAAAUACAGAAUUCAAGAUGGACCAACGAGUCGCCAACUACCAACGGUGUUACUAUUAAAAGACGGAGAGGAGAAAAUGAGAAGGCCCUACCCGGACUCAACUGGCAAAUUGCAAAAGUUUUUAUUCUCCAAAGACAACAUGAAAGCCGCCUUCGAUCUUGAUGGACUUUACCAAGAAAGUAAAGAGAAGUUGGCUAAUUCUAAGUCCAAUAAGAAGACCGAGUAGACCAUAGAAGACCAAAGUGUAGAAGGAUUUAAAACUUGGGUUUCAAUCAUUUUAACCCAUAAUUGUCUAAGGUAUGCGUUGUUACACAGUAAAAUGUUGUAUCUAGUAAUAAAGAAGUUUCUAUUGCACUGGAUAAGGUUGUAAGUUAUAGAUAAUAGUGUCUAUUUUACUGGUUAUUGAUAUCUGACAUAUAAGUUACUGGUAAACUUGAUCUGGUUCAAGUUUCUCAACUAAUAUACUACAAACUUGUAUUACAGAUUAUGAAUAGAAGUGUCUGACAGAUAAAGUUAAAUGACGAAGAAUAUGUCUUACAAAUGUCUUAAAUUUUAUUUAUUAGCUCGAUAGCAUUACUAAAAUCUGUUAGAUACCGUUGUUCAGCAGAUAAUGUUAUCAGGAACCGAUAAAUGACGAUUUGACGAAACGUUGACGCAGCGGUCACGCACUGAUUUGUGGCUGUUACGCUGACGGUUGCGGGUUCGAUCCCUGCACAUAGCAAUCAUUUGUAUUGGCCAUACAUAGUUUGCCGUGGUCUGGUCGUUGUGCUUGUGUAUUUCCGGAACCCCAAUACAUGUGUUGAGUGAAGGUAUCGAAUGAUCAAUGUCACUUUAGGGUAAUUUUGAGGGAAAACGAUUUUCUAAUGUUCACGCGAAUUUCCCUUAUUAUAAUGAAACGGCCUUUUUGGAUCUUCGGUCGUUGUGAAGUAUCCGAAACUUCGGACAUCUAAAAAACUUAAUAAACCGCGAUAAAAUCCGAAAGAGUUAUUUCAUUAUAAUGAGAGAAUGAUUUUUAAAAAUGAAGAUGUUUCAUAAUAUACUAAGCAAUUAUAAAUUGUGUUUCGCAUUAAAUUAUAUAAGUUAUUUAUUGUAUAUUUAUGAAAUUUGAAAAGAAAAUUAAAAGUGUUUAC